AUAUAAUUGGUUUUAUACAGUAACUUCCUGCUGAAAACUAUUAUUGAUAUAUUAAAGCAGUUUGAAAAUGUCGUAUAUUACUUGGUUCCUAGGUUUGAUUGGAUUUUUUGCAUUACGAACAGUGACUGUUGAUGGAUACAGUAGAGAAUGCGAUUUUAAUCAAACAAUAUUUACACCAGAGGGAACAACAGCAUCUUUUCUAUGCAACUUCACCGAUAUACCGUUUCUUUCCCGUUUCGGUGUUCGUAUGGAAAAGACGUCAACUAAAGGAUAUUUUUUUCUUGUCAGUGUAUACGGCGCACCUAUUAUACAUAUUUCGUAUUAUGAUGAAGGUUGGAAAAACAGAUCAAACAUAAGUAUUCCUUCUUACUCUGAUGAUCAAUUAAUUCUGAAAAUAGAUUUAAACAACGUCAGCAUGGCGGACAAUGGGACAUACCGAUUACGUGAUCGUCGUGAUUACGCCUGUUAUAUCCUUUAUGUAAUGCGAACAAGAACUGAGCCAAGUCAUAGUCAAGAAGAACAUGAACCAAUAUAUGUGUUUGCACAUCCGCAAGCUUCACUGAUAAAGCGGCCGUUAACGAACGCAACUCUGGUCUGGUUAUUAGAUGGAAAAUCUAUCGAACAAACUGCAAGUUUUAUACAACAAGAUGGACUUAUUUGGAUACCAAGGAUUAGAAGAGGUCUCAAUGGAAGGAAUGUUACCUACCGUGCUAUACAAGGUGAUGGAAGAAUCACUGAAGUGAAUACCACAAUAAAAAUUAGAUAUGGACCAAGUAAUCCUCUCAUACUGGUGCCGAGAAGAACACACUACAAUAUGGUUAGUGGAGACACCAUGCCUGAUAUAACAUGUACAUCUGAAUGUUAUCCACCAUGCAUCAUAUCCUGGGGAGAACAUAGCAAAGACAACAUUCUGAGUUUAGGAGACGUUACGACAGAAGAUACAGGGGAAUAUACGUGCACAGCAAGAAGAUUGGAUGGGCGCAGUGUUGAGGAAAAGAUCAGUGUUUUCGUGUCUGAUAACUCAAAUUUCAUCAUAGCGAUUGCAUGUUUGGCUAGUGUGCAAGCAGUUAUGAUUCUUGCGACUGGAUUGUGUACAUUUUUCAUUUACAAGAGAAAAGAGUCGUCAUGUUGUCAUGUCCCUUCAGAGCGCAUUUUAAAGAAUAAAACUGAAAGCAGAGACGUCACAUUACAGUUAUCUUCUGUUCAAGGAUCUGAAAAUGCGGCCUAUGAAGAGCUUAAACAUGAAACAAGAAACAAUGUUAACAAUAUGUACAGUGAGACUAAUCUCUCUAUAACAGGUAUUCACGAUCAUUUGUUAUAAUGUUUAACUACUAAA